UCACUCGGAACAAACUCACACCCACCACCUCACUGGUUUUCACAUCAAGGAAAAACUAGAGGAGAAAAAAAAAAAAAAGAAAUUCUGCUAUUGAGGAGCGAAAUCAAGCUUUUUCUUCUGUAUAAAAAUGGCUGCCACACUUUCUACAAGUGUCAGUGCACCGGCUGAGUUCUACUUCGAUGAAAAAUGGAAGCUUUCGAAGAAGGAAGGAUCGUCGAAAAGCUGCCGAUCAUCGUCUUCGUUGAUGAAGAAUUCAUCGCAGAGGAGGUGUUCUUUCACCAGGAAGUGUGCCAGGUUGGUCAAGGAACAGAGAGCUCGGUUCUAUAUCAUGAGGAGAUGCAUAACGAUGCUUAUCUGCUGGAGAGAUUACAGCGAUUCUUGAAGAGAAAGUGGAGGAAAAGUGAAGGAAAAUUUACAGAGGGUAAAUGGAAAGAAAGUUGAAGGAGGAAAAAGGUUUCCUCUGUUUUUUGGUUACCGGAUCAUCUCUUGUUUCCUUUUAAGAGAUCUUUUUUGGGUUUGUCUCGGGAGAAAAUACAAAA